AUGCUGGCUGCCUGCAGCUCCUCAGAGGAGCCAAUGGAAGACAUCACUAUUUCCUACAAAGUGCUGGAAGUUUACCCUCGAAGCCGCCGUGUGCUCGUAACCUGCGACAUCCCUGACGCACCCCGGCCCAUCACUUACUCUCUCAUGGCUAGCCGAGGUAUCCUGGUGGCAAAACGGGUUGUGCACGACUACAAGCCAGCCUCCUUCAACAUCAACAUCACACUCAAGUCCAGCCCAGAGCUGCUCACCUACUCCUGCCAAGCAGCCUCUAACCUGGGCACCUACGGGCCCAGCAGCAAGCUGCUGAUGUACUUAGAGCUGUGGGACAAGCCCGUUUCCCAGCCGCAGACUGACGUCAUCGCCCUGUACGAUGGGGACUCAGGCCGCACCGCGAACCUGUCCUGCCUGGCAUCCUCCGGCAGUCCACCCAUCAUCUACCGCUUGGUUGGGGAUGACGGACAUAUCCAUGCACAGCAGAGGCCCCUCCAUGGGGAGCCUGCCAUCUUCUCCAUCCCGCUGUCCCAGGUGUCCGGCUGGUUCCAGUGCGAAGCUGCAAACAGUAUCAGUGCCCAUAUCAGUGCCCCCUUCCUCCUGUCCCCAGCAGAAGCCCAACCCCGGCUCCUCACCAUCCCAGGGGAGCUGCCCCUGAUACCCACCUGCAUUCUGGCUGGCAGCCUCAUCUCCAUCGCAGCUAUUAGUUCCGGGGUGCUGAGCUUGACCAGGUUGUGACCAGAGGACAGAGACCAGGCUCGCCUCCCUGCCCUAUACAGGAACCAUCUGCUGGAGCGAGAAAGGAGCCUGAGGAGUGAGGGCAGAAAGGGUGUAUGCACAGAUCAGGGUACCAAAAGUAGUGCACCCCCAAAAGGGGCCCAGAAGCCUGGAGCAUUAGUGUGUAU